AUGCACAUCAUGGCCUACGUACGACUGUGCUCGUUCGUUGUGUCUAGUCUUCUCACCUUGGCCCUAUCUCAACAAAGUGAUCCGAUCAAAGACUUCUGCCGCCGAUGGGGUCAUGCGACGGCGCAGAUCGAUUCGAAACUCUACAUCGAUGGCGGCAUGAUAGCGUCGACGCCAUUUCAAUCAAACCAUACGAACCCAUGGCUUUUAUUCAGCGACUUGAACCCAUCGACCGUCGGUGCCGAGAUGCCGGCGCAAUACGCAAAUCUGUCCAAGCCUGGCAACAUACCGAGUGUAUCUGGCGGCUAUACCUGGGCAGACAACACCAACAAAUGUUUCUAUCAAUUUGGGGGAGAAUAUCCUGAAGGUGUCAGUCCUACAGAUUUCAGUAUGUGGACCUAUGACGUGCCACUCAAUCAAUGGAACAGCACCGACACAGUUGGCGACAAAACUAUACAACGAGUAUCGUUCGGUGCUGGGACACAGGUAGAAGAGCGUGGACUCGGCUUCUACUUUGGCGGCUGGCUGAGCAAUCGAACUACGGUAGGCUGGAAAGGACCCCCUAUGGCUACAAAUGGUCUUAUUCAGUUUGACAUGUCUACUGGCGACUUGAAGAACAUAUCAGGACCGGAUGGAAUUGGAAGAGCCGAGGGACAACUAGUCUAUCUUCCCGUGUCUGACAGCGGCGUGCUGGUCUAUUUUGGCGGCAUCGAGGAUACUUAUCGUAACGGGAGCUUUGAUGCAACCAUUCACAUCUACGACAUGGCUUCGUCUAAAUGGUAUACACAGACAGCCUCAGGCACCGCACCCCCUACGCGCAGACAAUUCUGCGCAGAUGUUACCUGGCCAGAUGAUAAGUCAUCUUAUAAUAUUUAUCUCUACGGCGGUUAUGGGUUUGGGGGAACUCCCGCAUUUGAUGAUGUCUACAUCCUCUCCCUUCCGUCUUUUACGUGGAUAAAGGCAUUUCCCGAUGGUGAUGGUGGGCCAAACCCUGCCAUAGUUGGCCAUGGAGGCUGUAGUGCCAACGUCAUCAACCGCACACAGAUGUUGGUCAUAGGUGGUUGGUUUCCCAUAUACGACAAAUGCGAUUCGCCAGAAAGCCAAGGACAGCAUAACAUGGUGCUUGGGUUUAAUGGCGAGGAUGCUAAGCUUUGGGAUAAGUAUCAACCAAAUGUCGACUACGUGGUAGCUUCAUCUAUUGUGGCAGCCAUUGGUGGGGGACCAACGGGAGGAGCCACUAAAACUGCGCCCGCGACGUGGGGGCAUCCUGACUUGGCGACAUACUACACUUUAAAACCUUCAUUCGCAGCCAGAUCAGCUACGCGUCCACUUCCAUCAGCAACCGGAUCGCUGUCACCCAACCAGUCUAAGAAGACAAGUGUUGGUGCUAUUGCUGGAGCCGCUCUUGGAGGUGCUGUGGGAUUGAUCCUCUUAUUAUGUCUCAUCUUGUUUUGCCUACGCAGACGCAAGAAUGCUAUGAAGGAAAAGAGAAAGAAAGAAGGCGAUAUAAACAACGCGAAUCCGCCAGUUCCGCCUGCUGAGUUGGAAACCACGGUUCCACAGGAAAUGGCCGCCUCGGAGGCUAGCAAGUACGUAUCCAUUCACAAUCGAGCCGACGCUGCCGCCCUUAUCCAACAUCAGGAACAUGCCCAACAGUACUCACAUCACGCCAGCCACAACUACGGCUUGCCGCAGCCCGCCCAAGGCCCUCCGUCGUACGGAUUUGUGCCGCCGUACACAUCACCCACAGAAGCCACUUUCAACCACGUCUCCCCGAGUGUAGGGCGGCCCUUUUCGGACGAUGGAAUUACACAAAACUCUCCAACUACGGUGUGGGGUACGCCGGCAGACUAUCACUCACAUGGAUCAAAUCACGAAGGGCAUUAUUCGUAUCCUACUCCGACCACACCACGGCAGCCUGCAGGGGAUCUCUUUCACCAACAAGGUUCAAUAUACUACCCGCAAGUCAACGCCAUGACAACGCGCUCACGGCAUUCCCGCAGCAAUCUCACCGAAGAUGGGGAGGCCUCUGACAGUUCGCUAGCAGGUAGUCCGGAGCAGCUCCCCGUCAGCAUUGCGAACACGCCUGCUCACUUUUAUACACAUGCAGGAUCGUAUAUUUCGGCAGGUAGGAGCAGCGGUGGACGGAGUCCGGAUGGAAGGAGACCUAUUCAAGGGAGAUUUAUGGAAGAAGAUCAUGUAUGA